AUGGAAGAGGCAGCAGCAGGAGAUGAAGGAUUAGAAUUCAAGUGGGGUAAAAAGAGAGGAGUUGGUGGUAAAAAGAAAGAUGUUCAGUUCUAUGAAUCUUUCACCUUUGACGGUGAUGAAUACUCUCUUUAUGACUCUGUCUUAGUUGGUGAUGCCAAUGAACCAGACUCUCAUCAACUCUUUGUUGCCAAGAUCAUAAAAAUUUGGGAACAUACUAAUAAGCGUGCAAAGAAUCCAAGGCAAGUCAAGCUUCUAUGGUUCUUUAGACCUUCUGAGAUUUCGCCACAUUUACUUGAAGGAGUCUCAGAUGUAGUGGCAAAGGAGCUGUUUUUGGCAUCUGGUGAAGGUCCUGGCCUCGCUAAUGUCAACCCAUUGGAAGCAAUCUGUGGAAAAUGCUCUGUUCUAUGCAUUUCAAAGGACAAAAGGAAUCCACAACCAACAGAUGAAGAGAUCAAGUCAGCAGACUUUGUAUUUCGCCGAGCAUUUGAUGUUGGAAGUUCUAAAGUUUUAGAUACUAUAGAUGAUAAAAUUGCUGGAGUUGACGUUACAUUGCUCUUCAACAGAGCUGGUAGUAAGCAAGAAGCAACCGCUGUACAGAAAAUUCAAGAAGACAUAAAUGGAAAUCUAGAUAGUUUGAAACCAAAUGGUCUUUUAGCUUGUGGUUCAGUUCGGGAAACUGAAGACAACUCUAUUGAAUCUUCUGACCUUAGAGAAAGCAGUUAUGGUCGUGAAGAAAGGAAGGAAAAAAGUAAAAGUCAACUUGCAGAAGAAAGGUCUAACAAGGAUUCUAGUGUGCAGAAAAACACGGCUCACCGUAAAGAACAUGACGCUUGUGAAGCUUCUGGCUCUAGAGGAAAUCAUUGUGAUGGCAAGAAGGCACAAGAAAAUGAAGUUGCAAAACAAUCUACUAAACAGAAAUCUCUACCUGCAGAAGCAAGAUAUAGCAAUACUUGUGAAGCUUCUGGCUCCAGGGUAAAUCAUUCCGAUUCUGAGAAACCUCAAGCAAAUGAUGUUAGAAACCCAUUUACUAAGCAAAAAUCUAUGCCCACUGGAGAAAGAUAUAGUAAAGAGUCAAACGGAUUGGAUGACAGGCCACAAAAGAAACAGAAACUAGAUGGUUCUGUUACAGUACCAAAUGGACGCAACACAAGCAUUUUGCAGAACAUUGGUUCUGAUGGUAAAAGAGAUACAGAUUCCUUUAAGAGACCUAGAGAUAUUAGUUCUGAUGGUAGAAGAGAUACAGAUUCUUUUAAGAGACCUAGAGACAAAGAGACAAGAGAUGAAGUCUCUCCCGAGAAGCCCACUUUGGUCAAGAAGAAGCGAGAUCUUGGGGUGUCAGUUUCUGAAGGAAAAGACGCAAAAACUGCAACUGAAAAAGGUUUAGCCAAGAAACCCAGCUUUGAUGGUAAGCUAUUAAAACGCGCUGAGGACGAGACGUUGGCAGAUGAUUAUGAAAGAGGUUAUCAAGUAAUUGAAGUGAAACAAAAGCCGGAUGCUCCUUGGGAAGAAAGUAUGAGGGAAGCAGAAAAGGAAGAGAGACUGAUUCUCCUUCAAAACUUGGAUCCUACUUAUACAUCUGAUGAAGUGCAGGAUAUAGUCUAUUCUGCUUUGCAUGAGCAAUCUACAGCGAGAAUGAUAGAGCGUACAUCAGUCACUAUUUCUCAUACUGGUGAAGCUUUGGUCAUAUUCAACUCAAGACAAGCUGCAGAAAGAGCUAUUAAAAGACUAGAUAAAGGAUGCUUGUUGCUAUCAAGUGGGAGGCCCCUUGUUGCUUCGUUUGCUAAGAUUAAUCCUCCAGGGAUGCCGUCACCUUUCUGCGGCCAUAUCAAACUUCAGAAAACACAAAUGAGACGAGAAACGAGAGAUACAGUGUCUACAUCGCAUGGUUCUCAGCAGAACACCCUUGAAUAUGAAAUGGCAAUGGCAUGGUGCUUGCACGGAGCUAGAUCUGACCAUGCGUUUCAAACGGUUAUUAAGCGGCAAUUGGAGGUGAAAAAAUCUCUGCGGAUUAACUUCAAGCCUAAACUUCCUUAGCUUCAGCAUCAUCUAGUUUUUUUUUCUUGUACAGAAACAUGUACAUCUCUCUUAAGCAUGUCAUGCCAUCGAAGCUAGUGGCGUGAUUUAACAAAUAUUCAAGAUGAACUCCCUGAAAAGAUAGAGAAGAGCCAUGGCUAUGGCGUUUUUGGAGCUUUACUUGUCCGUCCACUCUUUGUUUUUUUUUUUCAUUAGUAGUAUGGAUAUCAAUUGGUUUUAUUACUUAACCAACCGAAUUAAUGAAUCUAAUUUCCGGUUUGUAUUCUAGUAAUGGUGGCCACGUCCUCGUAAUU